CCCCGCGGCCUUAAAAUGGCGGCGGCUGGUGGGGCCGCGGCAGAGCGCGCAGCCAUGGCGGGAGGGCGGGGGACGCCGCUGCUGCUGGCCGCGGCGCUGCUGUUCGCCGGCGCCGUGCUGGCCGCUCGCGAUCGCCCGCGGCUUUUAGGGGCCCCGGUGGACAUCGCCAACACCGGCAAUGACGAGGGCCUGCAGCGGGCUCUGCAGUUCGCCAUGGCGGAGUACAACAAGGCCAGCAACGACAUGUACUCCAGCCGGGUGGUGCGGGUCCUGAGCGCCCAGAGGCAGAUUGUGUCUGGAAUCAAGUACUUAAUGGAAGUUGAGAUUGGCCGGACAACUUGCCCAAAGCCAGCAGCUGAUCUCCAGAGCUGCGCUUUCCAUGGUGCGCCGGAGAUGGCUAAGCACACCGUUUGCAACUUCACAGUGUAUAUUGUUCCUUGGCUGAACGAAAUUAAGCUAUUGAGCACUAGCUGCCAAUAAGCCUAUCUUUGUUCCAGCAGAGACCAGCAACCAGUCAUUCGGAUUUAAAAGAAAAAAAAUAAAGCAGUAACAAAUUGAGAUGGGUUUUAUCAAUGCCUGUUAUCUACUUAUGUAUGCUUGUGCUAUGCAAGUUAAACUAUGUUAAACAACUUUUUCUUCUUGGUAACUUCAUUUUAGGGCAUUCUUCCUGCAGCUUUCCUGAUUCUAAUUUAAAAAAGUGACUACUGUAAACAUAAAAACUUAAUAAUUGC